AUGGCGUUAGUGCGGGAGCCGAUGGUGAUGUGCGACGGCGGCUUCGACGCCGAGGCCUCCGUGUUCGACGCACUCGGCUACGGUGGCCACGACGCCCUACUCGGAGGCCUGGACACGGCGGCGCUCUUCAGGGGUUAUGCGUACGCCCGCGACGAGCCAGCCGGCGCCGCCAGCGCCUACGCGCCGGAGAGCCCGAGCUGGGCGGGCGCGGGGGCGUCCAUGCUCGCAUCUCCGGCGGCAUCGACCAUAGGGUUAGACCCGGCCACAGGCUGCUUCAGCCUGACGCAGAGCUCCGGUGGCGCGAGCCGGCCGUUAGGGCUCCAGUUCCCGAGCAUGUCCAACGGCUCGCCCGAUGCCGCGGGGCAGGCGCGCUGUUCAUCAAAGCGAUCGCACGCGGCGCGCGUGCAGGACGCGGAGCCGCGGGCCACCAAGAAGCGGUGCGGUGCGAGUAGGAAGACGAGCAAGGCGAAGCCGGUGGCGCUCACCACCACCUCGCCCAAGGGAGACCCGCAAAGCCUCACCGCAAAGAACAGGCGGGAGAAGAUCAACGAACGGCUCCGGACACUGCAGGAGCUGGUGCCCAACGGCACGAAGGUCGACAUGGUCACCAUGCUCGAGAAGGCCGUCAGCUAUGUCCAGUUCCUGCAGCUGCAAGUCAAGGUGCUGGCGACGGACGAGUUCUGGCCGGCGCAAGGGGGAACCGCGCCGGAGAUCUCCCAGGUGAAGGAGGCGCUGGACGCCAUCUUGUCGCCGCAGAGGGGGCAACUGCUUUAG